CACACACGAAAGUGUAUCAAAUACUUAUAGAUUGCACUGUAAACACCCACUGUGGCAAUACAUCUUCAAAAUCGCUUUAAACAAUAAUAAUAAUCCUCAACAUUGCUCAACAGUGCAUAUUUCAGCAUGUUCGUGUUAUUGUACUAUGACAGAGAAAAAGUUUAAGUUCAGUAGCUAUUUCAGAGAUGGCAGGAAAUUGUGCAAACUGUAUGGCCCCAUUUUUUCUUAUGAGCGUUAGCCAAUAAUACGCACAUCAUGCAUCACUUCCCCAGCAUGCUUCAGGAAAGACCACGUAUGAGCAGUUUUGGUUUUUGGAGUGUCAGUGUGCAGUGGAGAGAUACAGACUGGAUAUUCUUCUGUUCUACAAAAUUUCAACUCAUACAAGCAGUCUAAUAUUGCUGAACUGGUGCUUGUUACAGGCUAUAUCUUGGUAAUGUCAUUUUGAUCAGCUCCACCCAGUGCCUCUGCUCCUCACUAAUACUGAGACAUGAUUGGAGCAGAGAGAUUCAUCCUCAUUGGCUGCCUGCUGCAAGGAGCCUUGGGCAGCGAUUGGGCAGUCUGGAUGCCUCAGAGUAUUGAAGCUCUGAUUGGAUCCUGUGUCCUGAUUCCCUGCAGAUUUGAGAUCCCAUCUGAAUUUAACUCAGAUCUAUUAGAGGAUCCAUCUUCAGUUAAUGGAAAAUGGAAAAAAGAUGAAACUAUAGUGUUUGAUUCCAGCAGCCAAUCUGCAUCUUCUCUGCAUGGAAAGAUCACUGGAGGCCUGAUUCAGAAAAACUGCACUACAGUCCUGGAGAACCUUCCAAAGAAUUAUUCUCAUGGUCGUUAUAAAUUCAGAUUAGAAUGCAACAAUAGACUCAAAUGGAAUUUUGAACAAAGUGUUCAAAUUAAUAUCACAGGCUCUCCACCCAAACCCAAGUUCACCCCAGAGAGGGUGGAGGUGAUGGAGGGGACCUCUGUGAGCUUGAGCUGCUCUGCUGCAGCCCCCUGUCCCAAACUCCCCCCAAAUCUGACAUGGACCCCCAGGCUGAAUGACAGUGUGGAUCACCUGCAAGAGAAUGAGGAUCAAACCAAAUCUGUGUCUUCUGUUCUGACCUUCACUGCUUCCCACCUCCACCAUAGGCAGAAGAUCAUCUGCAGGGCACUUUACACACUGCAAAAACUAGACACUCAGAGGACGUCUAAGGCCAGUAUGAUUCUCAAAGUUCGAUAUGCUCCUAAGAACACGUCAGUGUCAGUCAGUCCCUCUGGAUCAGUGAUAGAGGACAGCUCUGUGACUCUGACCUGCAGCAGUAAUGCCAACCCAGCAGUGCAGAACUACACCUGGUAUAAAGUGAAUGGGACAGAGAUGAACGCUGUAGGAACUGGACAGAAUCUCACCUUCAAUGUGACUGAGUCCAGUGGCAGUGAACAGUACUACUGUGAAGCACAGAAUGAACAUGGCAAGGAGAACUCAACAACUGUACGGCUGAAUGUGAUAUACAUGCCUCAGAUCUCUGGCUCUGGGAGCUGCAGCAGAACUGCAGCAGAGAUCAGCUGCUCCUGUGAGAGCCGUGGGAAUCCCUCUCCCAGCAUGGAGUGGCGUGAGUCUGGACUGCGGGUCACUAACUCUACUGACAGAGUCAUCAAGGAGGAGCAGCUGGGGAACACAGGCCUGAGGAGCUCCCUCACCAUGCGCCAAUCACAGGGAGACAUGCCCACUCUCAUCUGCAUCAGCACCAACACUCUCGGCUCCUCCAGCCUCCAGCUCCACCUCCCGUCUCCACAGCAACACUCAGGUAAAUGGAAGCACAUUUCUCUUUUUUACUUUAACAUAUUUAUACCUCAUGUGAGUACCAUGGUGAUUUUCACACUUUCUCGGUUUUAUAUGCUAUUUGCACAAGAGACAUUGAAGAAACACAAUGAGUAAAGUAUUAAAUAUGUCCGUUCUGUAUUUUUGGAGAAAUAUGCGUUUUAAAUUUAUCGUCCUAUUUUCAACCGGUUGAGAAAGUUGUCAACUUGGUGCGUCACGAACACAGGAACCACUCCCCUUUCCAUGCCCCGUAAACCCAUGGAUAACUCAAGACCCAUAUUUUGCGCUGCUGGCUUACAGGCAAGACAAUGCAAAUAUUUGACUAACGUUAGGUUCACUUAAAUUAGAGUGCCUUUUAAG